AGUGAAGACAUGGAAAAGGAAAAUGCAACAUUGCUGAUAGAGUUUGUUCUCACAGGACUCACAGAUCAACCAAAGUGGCAAAUGCCCUUAUUCCUGGUGUUCUUGGUGGUAUAUCUCAUCACCAUGGUGGGGAACCUAGGACUGAUUGCUCUCAUCUGGAAGGAUCUUCACCUUCACUCUCCCAUGUACUUAUUCCUUGGGUGUUUAGCUUUUGUGGAUGCUUGGCUAUCAUCCACAGUGACCCCUAAGAUACUGAUCAGCUUCUUGACCAAGAGUAAAAUAAUAUCUCUAUCUGAAUGCAUGAUACAAUUUUUUUCCUUUGGAUUUAGUGCAACCACAGAAUGUUUUAUCCUGGCAACAAUGGCAUAUGAUCGAUAUGUAGCCAUAUGCAACCCUUUACUUUAUCCUGUGAUUAUGACCAAUAGCCUAUGCAUCCAGCUCUCAGUCUGGUCAUUUGUAGGUGGCCUUCUUCAUGCCUCUAUUCAUGGAGGUUUUUUAUUCAGAUUAACCUUCUGUAAGUCCAGCAUAUUACAUCACUUCUACUGUGACAUAAUACUAUUGUUUAAGAUUUCCUGUACUGAUGCAUCUAUUAAUUUUCUGAUACUUUUUAUUUUCUCUGGUUCAAUUCAGGUAUUCACCAUUAUGACAGUUCUUUUCUCUUAUACAUUCAUUCUCUUUACAGUCUUAAAAAAUAAGUCUGUAAAAGGCAUAAGGAAAGCCUUUUCCACCUGUGGAGCCCAUCUCUUAUCUGUCUCUUUAUACUAUGGUCCUCUUCUCUUCAUGUAUGUGCACCCCAGAUCUCCUCAGGCAGAUGAUGAAGAUAUGAUGGAUUCUUUGUUUUAUACUGUCAUAAUUCCUUUUCUAAAUCCAAUUAUCUAUAGUUUGAGAAAUAAGAAAGUCAUAGAUUCACUGGCUAAAACAUUAAAAGGGAAAUGUUAA